UUGAGAUCAAAGGAGCCUUCAGCGAGUUUACAACUCAUGCAUGCUGCCACAGAAUGACCUUAAAGGAGUUUUUUGGGCUUUUUGCUUUCCUAUUGAUUUCUCGCCAGCUGUGUCUUUCAAGCGAUGUCUUCCAAGCUGGAAAGGUCAACAUUACUGAUAUCUCCCAAAAUAGUCAUGGCUGCGAGUCCGUCUCCUUCAAAACACAGUUUCAGGGCUCAGGUGACAUCAAAGUCUUCGUUACUCUUAGCCAUGGCCACAAACAUAUCAAGAUCCACGACCCAGCAGCACUAUGGGUAAAAUCGAUCUCUACGUCAGGAUUUAAGGCUUGCGUUCGUGAGGCCGGAAGUGGUUCUGCAGGUAUGUCUGUCAUUAACUGGCUCGCUUUCCAAGGGUCUCAUCAAGGAAUCAAGUCUGGCAUCGUGGACUUUGAUGAAUGGACUACAAGAACACAGUGCAAACGAGUAUCGAUCGUUGAUAACCAAAGUAAUGGCUUUAAGAACAAGCCACAAUUGUUUAUUUCUGUUCAGCAUAAGCACACAGACAGGCCGUAUGACUCCAUGAAUCUUUGGCUGGAAGGUGUCAAUAAAAAGGAGUUUUACGUCUGCAUGAGAGAGUUCAUGGCCUUUGAUGGCAUUCAUGCGGACCUCAAAGUGCAUUGGUUUGCAUACGAAGUGUUACCUUCCAACUGGAACUUCACUGAAGAAGGAAAGAUUCAUUUUGCUGGAAAAGGGGCGCCGUUGCGAAAAAAUCACUUCGCUUUUUGCCAGGACUUUAAUUUUGAAAACCCAUUUUACGAGCCGCCUGCCGUCUUGGUAUGUGGAAGUCACGAAAACACCACAAGUGCUUUGUGGGGCAACUCAGAAGGUCGCUGUAACAACGCUUUAAACGUUUGGAUAGAGGAGGUUAGUCGGUCGGCGUUUAAGGUUUGUGUUAAGGACAGCCAGGGACUUAGCAAGACUCAUGACCCAAUAACCGUACAUUUUGCAAUUAUUGGAGACCUUGACCCGUGCAUCAACGUUACGUGCGAUUACUUUGCUGUCUGCAAGGCAUUCGACGCAUUUGACGCCCGUUGCGUGUGCGAAGAAAACUGCCCUUCGUAUGAAGAACAAGUGUGUUCAUCUAACUCUACUACUUUCAAAAACAAGUGCAUGUUUGAGCUGGAUGUAUGCAGACUGAAGAGUAACCACACUCUCUAUCAUCCUGGAAGUUGCACGGGUUUUCCUGUUCAGAGAGGAAGAAUUGAGCUGAAGAGAGAUGUUUCCUGGACUGAGACAGCUUGCGAGUUGGUGACCCUCCCGCCACUUUCGUUCUAUCCAGACAAGGAGAUGCACGUGCAAAUUACUACCAAUCACUGAAACUCCACCAGGAGGAAUUUCGUACACGAAGCCACUGUCUCUUGGGUGGAAAAUGUCAAUUACCAGAAUUUUAGGGUUUGUGCAACUGCUGCAGGAAGAAAUGACCGUGGCACGAAAGAAUUUGCGACCGUCGACUGGAUGGCUUACCAAGGAGCUCCAAACGGAGGUGUGACAGGAAACACUCGAAUUCCAGAAUGGUGGACUGGAACGAAGUGCGUAAAGAUUAGUCUGCCAAAGGAUAAAUUCGCAGCUACACCCACAAUUUUGGCGACGGCAGAUCACGUAACUUCAGCUUACAAGCAUGAUGCCGCCAGUCUUUGGAUAGAAAAUGUUACCAGUUCUAUCUUUUACAUUUGUCUCAGAGAGUUACAAAAUUACGAUGGUCUUCAUGAGGACAUCCUAGUGAACUGGAUGGCUUUUGAAGAAAUUCAUCGCCCGCUAUUCGCUGAAAGUAAAAAAAUCGACUUUCCUAACAACAACUCUGUUUCUGCCAACUACAAUGGUGCGUUCUGCAAGGACGUGCAGUUCGUUAAGACUUAUGAAAAGGAACCUACGGUAAUAAUCACCGCGAAUCAUAAUUCAGAAGGAAAAAACCUAAAGCCAAAGUACAUAUCUGUUACUGCAUGGAUAGAGCAUAUCCAGACAUCAGAAUUUCGAAUUUGUCUCAAGGAGCUGUUCGCUGAUCAGCAUGACCCUGUUACCGUGUCUUACGUUGUCUUAGCGGACGUUUGUAAACCAGGCUGGUCUUACUUUUCUGGCUUUUGCUACUCUACAAGUCAGUCAUGCAAAAACUGGACCGAGGCACAAAAAACCUGCCAACUAUACAAAACCAGCCUCAUCACCGUAAAAAAUCAAGAAGAAAAUGUCUACAUACAGCACCGUCUGAAUGGAGACAAAGGAUGGAUUGGAUUUAAUGACAGAGACACCGAGGGCACCUUUUUUUGGGCCGGUAACCAGUCAAGCAACUUCACUUACUGGGCUCCACAUCAACCAAACGAUUUCCGACUGAACGAGGACUGUGUUCACACCUUGGGGGUUGGACAUAAAUUCACAUGGAAUGACGUUGAUUGCAAGAGCUGUCAUAAUUAUACAUGUUCAGAAGACAUUGAUGAAUGUACAGGAAAUAACCAUGACUGCGACAAGAAUGGGAUUUGCACAAAUACACAGGGGUCAUAUAGCUGCCAUUGUGCCGGUGGGUUUAGAGGUGAUGGUCGGAAUUGCACAGACAUAGAUGAGUGUUCCUCAGGUCGUGGAUGUCAUAGCAAUGCCGCGUGUCAAAACACCUUUGGAUCGUACUCAUGCAUUUGUGUUAAUGGUUACACUGGAGAUGGAGUUAGCUGCAGUGAUGUCGAUGAAUGUUCAAUCAACAAUCAUAACUGUGACGCCAACGCGAAAUGCACUAACACUCAAGGAUCAUUUACUUGCAAGUGUAACAAUACAGCCAACUAUUAUGGCAACGGGACAACCUGCUAUGGUUUCCGAGGCCUUGGAAACUCCUCCAUCAUAGGAAGAGACACGAACAGAAUGUCCCAGUUAGAUUCCUGGCUUCAAUCUCGCUUGACGAGUCAGUCAAGAAGUUACUGGGAACUGUGCUAUAGAGCUUCUAGCCAUGGGUGGAGUUCACAGACAUUUCAUCAGAAAUGUGAUAACCUUGGAAAAACAGUGACCAUCAUCAAAGCUCAUGGUUACAUAUUUGGCGGUUACACUAGUAGCUCAUGGGGAUGGACCAAUGGAUACACCUACUCGUCAACCGCCUUUCUAUUUUCCCUGAAAAACUAUUAUGGAUAUGGAUACUUAAAAAAGAAUAUCUAUUCGUGGAGCCGCUAUCAUGCAACAUACAGCUAUUACAAUUAUGGUCCAACAUUUGGAAAUGGACAUGAUAUUUACGUUGCAAGCAACGCAAAUAGUAACUACAAUUCUUACUUCAAUGGUUGUUACGCUUACGGCGGUUCAUACUGUAGCAGAUACAUGUGGACAGGAAAUAGAAAUUUCCGUGCAGAUGAGAUAGAGGUAUACUAUGAAGUGACCAGUUAGAAAAAAAUCUGUAGGAAAUCACAUAUGUUGGCGUGGAACAUUCGAUAUUACCCUUGGUGUUAACUUAUAUACGCUUUCUCAGUCUCAGGCCGUAAAAGCGCACAUACGUGUCUGUAUAUUAUGGUAUUGUAAGGAUAUCAGAAACAUUUUACUGUCGUGCUUACUACCGUACUAGACUGAAAGUUAACACAUCAUGUAGUGAGAAAUAAAUGUGAAUGAUACGAAAAAUACCCAUGCAAAUAAUAAAGAUUGCAGUGAUAUUUUCUAAUUAAA